UCUCUUGGACAUUGCUUUCUUCACAUCUUCUCAGUAGUCAUGUCGUUCAGAGGGGUAAAACUCUUUCUCUAUCUACUUUCUGUCUCUAGAGUGAUCAUAUGUGCUGUUGUUGUUGAUUUCUGGCUAAAUGCUUCAUCUGGUAUGGGUGUUGCUGAUCACAGCAAAAACACAUUUUUGGAACUGAAGAGAAAGAAGGUUCAUCGGUAUGUGAUUUUUAAGAUUGAUGAGAAGAAAAAGGAGGUUGUAGUUGAGAAGACCGGUGGUCCAGCUGAGAGCUUUGAUGAAUUUGCAGCUGCUUUGCCUGAGAAUGAUUGCCGAUAUGCAGUUUAUGACUUUGAUUUUGUGACUUCUGAGAAUUGUCAGAAGAGCAAGAUAUUCUUCAUUGCAUGGUCUCCUGACAGCUCAAGAAUCCGCGCAAAGAUGCUCUAUGCCACAUCCAAAGAGAGGUUUAGGCGGGAGCUAGAUGGUGUCCACUAUGAGAUUCAGGCGACUGACCCUACAGAAAUGGACCUUGAAGUUCUGAGAGAGCGGGCACACUAAACAGUCUCUGCUGUUUAGAAUUUUCUUCCGUGGGGAUGAAAGAACUGCUAGGGGUUUUGCCAAUGUAUGAACCAGUGCUUUCUGCUUUAUGAAGCAAUUUGCAGAGCCCAUCUCUGACAGAAAUAGUAUUACAUAAUGCUUAAAUAAAUUGGAAUCUGGAGAGGCUGUAAUGAAGCUCUGGGCUAAAUGUAAUCGGGUUGCUAUGCAUCUUUCCUGCUUCUACGUCCAAGAUAAGUUUGCCUUAUUAUCUGUAUCUAUGCUAUAUAUGAAUUAUAACUUAAUUUAAGUUAUUUAAGUAA